UUCAUAUUAUACACAAAAUAUAUCACGAUAUUAUUAUUGAUAACAAGUUUGUGGCCCACACCACGCUUUGUCACCAUGCUACAUAUCGUAUCUAUCUACUAUAGCUAUUAUUUCAACACUUUAUAGUGUGUUGUUCAGUUUUAUUAUCUUCCUCUAUCUUCACUGGUUCCUUUUCUAUCUCCAUGCACACUGCUGCAUAGUUUCCCAAAACCAAGGAUUACUGAAGGAAGAUUCAAGAAGAAGUCUGAAAAAUGGAGAUAACCAAUGUCAGUGAGUAUGAGGCAAUUGCAAAGCAGAAAUUGCCAAAGAUGGUGUUUGAUUACUAUGCAUCUGGUGCAGAAGACCAGUGGACUCUCCAAGAAAACAGAAAUGCAUUUUCAAGAAUUUUGUUCCGGCCACGUAUUCUUAUUGAUGUGAGCAAGAUAGACAUGUCAACCACCGUUCUGGGCUUCAAAAUUUCCAUGCCAAUCAUGAUUGCCCCAACAGCCAUGCAGAAAAUGGCUCAUCCUGAGGGAGAAUAUGCAACAGCAAGAGCUGCAUCAGCCGCUGGAACUAUCAUGACUCUGUCAUCAUGGGCUACUUCAAGUGUUGAAGAGGUUGCUUCAACCGGACCCGGAAUUCGCUUUUUCCAGCUCUAUGUGUACAAGGACAGGAAUGUGGUUGCUCAGCUGGUGAGAAGGGCCGAAAGGGCCGGAUUCAAGGCUAUUGCCCUCACUGUUGACACCCCAAGGCUCGGCCGCAGAGAAGCCGAUAUCAAGAACAGAUUCACAUUGCCACCAUUUUUGACAUUGAAGAACUUCGAAGGUCUUGACCUUGGAAAGAUGGACAAAGCUGAUGAUUCUGGACUUGCUUCAUAUGUUGCUGGACAAAUUGAUCGUACUCUCAGCUGGAAGGAUGUCAAGUGGCUUCAGACAAUCACCAAGCUGCCAAUUCUGGUUAAGGGUGUUCUGACUGCUGAGGACACAAGGAUAGCAGUACAAAGUGGUGCAGCUGGAAUAAUAGUGUCCAACCAUGGUGCACGCCAACUUGACUAUGUCCCUGCCACUAUCUCGGCCUUGGAAGAGGUUGUUAAAGCUGCUCAAGGGCGUGUUCCAGUGUUCUUGGAUGGUGGUGUGCGCCGUGGCACUGAUGUCUUCAAGGCAUUGGCACUUGGUGCCUCUGGCAUAUUUAUUGGACGCCCUGUGGUGUUCUCCUUGGCUGCUGAAGGAGAAGCUGGAGUGAGAAAAGUGCUUCAAAUGCUGCGUGAGGAGUUUGAACUAACCAUGGCCUUGAGUGGUUGCCGCUCACUGAAGGAAAUCACUCGCGACCACAUCGUCGCAGACUGGGACACCCCUCGCACUCAGCCGCGCUACACACCAAGAUUAUGAACACAUUAAUUAAACCCUUGCUCCUCUAUCAUCAUUUCAACUAAGAGCAUAUGUCUUCUUAUGUGUCUUUUAGAACAUGCCUUUCUCAUAUUUUUGAGAGUACUCAUUUGAAGUUUUUAUUUGGAAAAACUACAUGCUUUUUAAAUAUGUAAUGUAACCAAUAUGAUACUUUUUUUUC